AGAAGGCCAUUGAUUAAUAUAUAUAUAUAUAUAUAUAUGGCUAGAAACGAAUGGAUAAAUGGUUAUUUAGAGGCAAUAUUAGACGCUGGCCGGAAUACCACAAGGAAAAAGAUCAAUGAAGGAAUUAAUUAUAAUAAUAAACUCAAAAAUAUUAAUCCAAGGUUUGAAGGCGAAGACAAAGACAAGCUGUUUAGUCCCACCAAGUAUUUUGUGGAAGAAGUUGUCAAUAGCUUUGAUGAGUCUGACCUCCACAGGACUUGGAUUAAGGUAAUAGCCACAAGAACCUCGCGUGAACCAAGCAAUCGGCUCGAGAACAUGUGCUGGCGCAUUUGGCAUCUCGCCCGCAAAAAGAAACAGAUAGCAUGGGAUGACUCACAGAGGCUAGCAAAACGGCGGAUAGAGAGGGAGCAAGGCCGCCACGACGCAGCGGAGGACCUGCCGGAGCUGUCCGAAGGUGAGAAGGAGUACUACUUCAAAGGCGGCGACGGCGGCAGCACCAAUCCCAAAGACAAAGACAACGCUGCUGGCGCCGCCGCUUUCGCCCGCAUCAACUCCGACAUGCAAAUCUGGUCCGACCAGGAGAACAAGUCCAGGCACCUCUACAUCGUCCUUAUCAGCAUGCACGGCUUGGUCCGCGGCGAGAACAUGGAGCUCGGAAGAGACUCCGACACCGGUGGGCAGGUCAAGUACGUCGUCGAACUCGCUAGGGCUCUGGCCAACACCAAGGGAGUGUAUAGAGUUGACCUUCUCACCCGCCAGAUUGCCUCUCCCGCCGUCGACUCCUCCUACGGCGAGCCCAACGAGAUGCUCUGCUGCCCCGCCGACGCCUCCGGCAGCUGCGGGGCCUACAUUGUCCGGCUCCCAUGUGGGCCCCGGGACAAGUACAUUGCCAAGGAGUCUCUCUGGCCCCACAUCCCCGAAUUCGUCGACGCAGCCCUGUCCCACAUUGUCAACAUGGCCCGAGCCCUGGGGGAGGAAGUAAUGAUGAACAACUCCAAUGCCCCCACGAUGUUAACGAAGCCUGCAUGGCCUUAUGUCAUCCACGGGCACUAUGCGGACGCGGGAGAGGUGGCGGCGAGGCUGUCGGCGGCGCUGAACGUGCCGAUGGUGAUGACGGGGCACUCACUGGGGCGGAACAAGUUCGAGCAGCUGUUGAAGCAAGGGAGGGUGUCGAGGGAGGACAUAAAUGCGACGUACAAGAUAGUGCGGCGGAUAGAGGCGGAGGAGCUAGGGCUCGAUGCGGCGGAGAUGGUGGUGACGAGUACACGACAGGAGAUAGAGGAGCAGUGGGGAUUGUAUGAUGGUUUUGAUCUGAAGUUGGAGAGGAAGCUGAGGGUGAGGAGGAGGAGAGGAGUGAGUUGCCUCGGAAGGUACAUGCCUAGGAUGGUUGUUAUACCUCCUGGCAUGGACUUCUCCAACGUUACUACUCAAGAUUCUAUUUCCAUGCAGGAGCCGGAUGCUGAUCUUAAAUCCUUGAUUGGCUCUGAUAGAGCCCAAUCCAAGAGAAAUCUGCCUCCUAUUUGGUCCGAGAUAAUGAGGUUUUUCACAAACCCUCACAAGCCAAUAAUCCUUGCAUUGUCGCGUCCGGACCCAAAGAAAAACGUGACUACAUUGCUCAAGGCCUAUGGGGAAUGCCAAGCCCUUCGGGAGCUAGCCAACUUGACGCUGAUACUUGGGAACAGAGAUGACAUUGAAGAAAUGUCAAACAGCAGUUCGAGUGUUCUGACCACUGUGCUGAAGCUGAUAGACAGGUAUGAUUUGUAUGGACAAGUGGCAUAUCCCAAGCAUCACAAGCAAUCUGAUGUCCCUCACAUUUAUCGUCUUGCUGCUAAGACUAAGGGGGUGUUCAUCAAUCCAGCUCUUGUUGAACCUUUUGGUCUCACGCUUAUAGAGGCAGCUGCUUAUGGCUUACCUGUGGUCGCCACAAAAAACGGAGGGCCUGUUGACAUUCUCAAGACACUGAACAAUGGGCUCCUAGUUGACCCUCAUGACCAGAAAGCUAUAGAAGACGCUCUACUAAAGCUUGUUGCCGGCAAAAACCUCUGGCUGGAUUGUCGGAAGAAUGGCCUGAAGAACAUCCACCGCUUUUCCUGGACAGAACACUGCCGCAACUACCUCUCCCACGUCGAGCACUGCCGCAACCGCCACCCCACCACCCGUUUGGAGAUCAUGCCGAUUCCUGAGGAGCCCAUGAGCGACUCUCUUAAGGAUGUGGAGGACCUUUCCUUGAGAUUCUCCGUUGAAUUGGGCGACUUCAAUAAGUCCAAUAUUGACCAGUUGAUGGAUGCCACAACCAGACAAAAAGAACUCAUUGACGCCAUCACCAAAAGUAGGAUUUCCUCCAACAGCAAGGCUAGUGGAGCCACUUUCUCUCCGGGGAGAAGGCAACGACUGUUUGUUAUAGCCACCGACUGCUACGGUGCAAAUGGAGAUUUUGCGCCAAGCUUGCAGCCAGUCAUAACCACUGUGAUGAAGGCUGCAAGCUCACUGAGUUUAGGCGUUGGGCGGAUAGGCUUGGUGUUGGUGACUGGUUCAACAUUAGCAGAGACCGUGGAAGCCUUGAAACGCAGCCAAGUGAAUGUGGAAGAGUUGGACGCUUUGGCGUGUAGAAGUGGAAGUGAAAUGUAUUACCCUUGGAUGGAUUUGGUGUCGGAUGCUGACUAUGAAUCACAUAUCGAGUACAGAUGGCCCGGUGAGACUUUGCGGUCCGCGGUAGCGAGGCUUGCCAGGGCAGAAGGCGCAGCUGAGGAUGACAUUCAUGAGUGUGCUGGAGCAACUAGUAACAGGUGCUACUCUUAUGAUGUCAAACCCGGAUCCAAGAUUCGAAGGAUCGAUGAUCUUCGACAGAGGUUACGGAUGAGAGGCUUCCGGUGCAACCUUGUCUACACUCGUGCAGCUUCAAGGUUAAAUGUGGUGCCAUUGUAUGCAUCAAGAAUACAAGCUCUAAGGUAUCUUUCGGUUAGGUGGGGAAUUGAGCUUUCCAAAAUGGUUGUGUUUACCGGGGAAAGAGGCGACACUGAUAAUGAAGAUCUGCUUGCUGGCCUUCAGAAGACCUUAAUUUUAAAGGGCUCUGUUGAGUUUGGCAGUGAAAAGCUUAUUCGAAGCGAAGACGGUUUCAAAAGAGAAGAUGUAGUACCACAAGAUAGCCCUAACAUUGCGUUUUCGGAGAGCUUUGAAGCCCAUGCUAUCUCGGCAGCUCUUGAAGCUCUUGGAAUAAAGUGAUUUCAGUAUCUCCUUAUCGUACGCCUUUCUCUUUUUGUCUUACUCACAGUAUCUAUACUUCAUAGCUCAUAAGCAAAACAUAUUAAUACCCUAUAGUAAACAAGACACAUGUGUAUAUCUCAACUCGUUCCUGCUGGUUGUAACUAAUGUAGUUUCUGGAAUAACUUACAUGUAAACUGGUCGUAUUUCUGUUUGUCCAGAUGAAAUUUAUUUCGUUACAGAUUAUACAAAAGAAAAAGGCUCUUGUAAACGAAAUGGAAUCCACUAAUAUCAAAUGAACUCCA